CCUGUAAAAUGACUCCACAGCAAGGCCAAACCGGGGGGGUUAAAAUAAUUUCAUAGCCGAACACCGCCAAGAGGACCCUCCUCGCGAGAAGGGCGCACAAAAAAGAAAAAGAGUCCCGGAAAAAUAUGGUAACCCUGCAGCAGCGGCGGACUCGUAGCCAAAUCGAGAGAGGAGGCUCAGCCAGUGCGUCACUUUCCGCUGAAUGCAGUGGAGAUGUUGUUUUCGUGUGUGUGAGACUCCCGUUUCUCUGACAUCGGAUUUAUAUAAUUUGGAAAGCUUCGGGAUUCCUUAAUCGACAGUCAUAAAAGGUAAUUUAACGAAUCUAAAGUUUACCACACCCACUGUUAUUCUGUGAUUGAAAAUCCGUUCUGAAACGCCACCCCUACUCGAGUAUAUACUAUUGGAAUCCCUGUACCACUUGCUUCUGAGCGAUGGAUCCUUUGCUAUGUGAUGUCUUCCUGGCAGGGGAGGGACCGCCCUAAGAUGACGGGACCGUAGUUCGUGGAAGAUCACCUCUUCCUCCGGCCAUCGUUCUUCAUUGAUUGACGGACUUUCUUUCACUCGGUGAUGGACACCAGGCACGACCUGACGGUGGACCACGCUCGGCUACUAGCGAACAGCAACGGCUACGCGACCAUGGACAAUUCGGCCACUGGCCACCCUAACUCUCAGCAGCUGAGACCGCCCUACGGGGAUCUCUGCCGCCCGCCGGGCUCAGAUGCCUCCACGUUAGCCUAUCACAGCCGGUAUCUGGCAUCCAUGCCUUUGACAACAGGUUCCAGCUUUCCUUUCCUGGGCAAUAUGUUCACGGGGAGUCUGCCUGGACCGCCAACGAGUCCAUUCCGAUCGCCAUCAACGCCUGCAGUGAAUAAUAUGAGGCAGUUUUGGCCGCCGACGCCGCCUCCUGACGGUUAUAAUCGGUAUUCCAUGAAUGCAAACUUAUUCCCACUGUUUGGUACACCUACCGCUGACAAUGGAGCUUUUCUCACCCAAGGAUUAGUGUCAAGGUUAGGUUCAACAACUCAUCUGUCUCCUCUCAUUGAUCACAAAGAACACAGUUUCUUUUCGCACGGCAUUGGUUUAGGCUCCCCUCUGACCCCAACCAGUCAUGUGGCCUCACCUUCACCCUAUCCUCACCUUAUUCCUUCUUUAGAAAGGCACCCAGCCUUCAACGGCCACAUGCCGAUGAGCAACAAGGAGCUGGAGGACCUCCAACAGGAGAUGGACAAUGCUCAUCUGCUCAAGAGUCAGUUGGACUGCCUCAUGAAGCACGACAUUCCCUCCUCUCGGCAGGACCGCCCAAAGUCCAAAAUGGACAGCAAACACUGCUGUGACAAGUUAAGUGAUGAUUGUUGCAAACUGUCUCCAUCCUGCAUUCCUCGUGAUGGCCUGAAAGUCCACGAGGACAUCAGGAAGUGCGAUGGCAAGAAUCACUCGCGCCAGCCCACGAAUAAGGUUCAUCCGUGUAAGAUAGAAGUGAGCCAUUCACCGGCCCUGAAGCCGGACCUUCUCUCACCCCCCAUCGAAUCUCCGAAAUCAGAAGUCGGAUCUCCAUGCAAGAACUCUAAAAAGCCAUCAGUUUCGCCUUUCGCCAGUGACUCUUCGUCUCCAAUAACCUCCAUGGGCCAAUACGAGAACAGUUCCGAAACUAGGUGUUGCCAGUGCUCUGCUAGUAUGAAAGGCAUUGGUAUUGCCACAAAAUUGAAUAGUGAGAAUAAAGCGGAGUUGAGUUCCGUUUCAGAAUCUUUUUGUGGACAGAACCAUUCACCAGUCGUCACGUCUGCGUCAACGUCUGCAAACAACCCGGUGACUAAUGUUAAUGCAGUCGUUCCGAAUCAAUCUCAAGUUGCAUCAGCAAAUGUGGAGGCUAAACAUUGCUAUCAAAAAUCUUCAAGCGACUCCCCUACGAUAACAAUUACCGAUACCAGUGAUAAAACUCUUGAACAGUCUUGCAUAUCCAAUCGAAACUGUGCAGAAAACCUUUCCAAACCAAUCACUAAUUCAAGUGUGGGAAUCAAGCAUGUUACUGCAGCUGUAAUUCCAACUGCACCCAAACAAGCUGUUCUUCGUGAUGUCCAUCCAGAAACCAAUUGCUUAUCCUCUGUACAAGACCAAUCAAAAGUACUUGCGAACAGUGAGCAUCUUUCCAACAGCAGUGAAAUCAACCAAACGUUCUCAGAAAGACAAAAUGUUAAGUUAGAGAUGAGCGAUUCUCCAUCCCUCUCUGAGAAAAACAUGUCACAGAAUCCGAUUCCAACAGCAGUAGCAAGUUCAUAUCCAAACAAAAUAGCAAACAAAAGCUUGUCAACGAGUUGCAAAGUUAAGGAUAUUAUUAAAAACUCUUGUCCCCUGAAGCAGACUCCUACUGAUAGGUUACAAGACGUUUUACCUCUGAAAGUUACAGAAAGUGACACCUGUAACAGGAUGUUAAUGCCAAAUUCACCCUCAAAUCUGAGCUCAUGUGUCACAACUACAACAGCCAGUCCUACCAUCAUGGCAAAGAGUCCUACCAAGCCUGGCAAAGGACAAUUUGUGCCAAUUGAAGCAGCAAGGAAAUGCAGUCCUUUCAAGGAAGACGCUCCUGUGAUGAAAGCUGAAUUAGCCAAUAGGUUAGAUUGUGAAUUUUCCCAGAAAUCGAACAAUUGGUCCAAAGCAACAGUGAUGCCAUUCAAUUGGCAAAACAAUGCUCAUGACGAUCAGGCCAUCAACUUAACGGUCACAAAGAAAAUUGUCAAGCCUGAACCCAGUGAACUUAUUACAUCUCAUGCGCAAGAAAUAACUCAAUCAUCGAUGAAGCUGUCCUCUGAAAGUACUUUGUUGACUAAUGCUGGAGUCAUUGGUAUUUGUCAUCCAAACCCUAGUCCAAUUGCAAUGGGAAAAGUGAAAACUGCUCCCGCAGUUAGCUCCAUCAGCAAUUUUUCAGCAAUUUCUGUUUUGAACCAACCUACAGAACAGACAACUGCUGAAGUUCACAUUCUUAGAGCUUCCAAGAGUUCAUUUCCUGUCGUGAGUAGAAAUGCAACUCCACCAGCUCCACUUAAAAGCACCAUUUCUCACGUUACAUCCAACACAAGCAUACGGGCAGUCAAAGCUGAGAGGCUGAUGACCAAGAGGGGGAAGUUGAGCGAAAUUGAAAAAGUUGGCCACAAUGGUAGAUCGACAUUGGCUACGCUUGCUCCAAAACUGUCUAAAAGUAGGAGUUUUGGGAAAGACGUACAGACAUCCCAUACAUUGUCUGCAGCUUCUUCAGUUUCAUCUACUUCAAUUGUAUUUCCUGCAACUGUUAAUCCUUGCAUUCCUGUGGGAAUAGCUAUUGCUCAACAGAGGCAGGAUUCCUCUACAGCUACUUCCAUUGGAAAAUCUCAAGCAACAGUACCGUCUAGUACAUCGAAUGUUAUAUCAAAUAACUCGCACUUAGCAUCUAGUCGUGUUGCCACUGAAAUACAACCUCAGGAAUUAAUAAGGGAUCAAAAAAGCCAAGACUUAUCUUGUUCCAACAAUCCAACACCUGUGGAUGCUAAUCUUCUUGUCACUCAAGGACCUACGAUUGUCUCUCGCCAAUGGGAGUCGGAAGCCCUGACCAGGACAGCGAUGCCAUCUCCUUGGGUGGCGCAUGGGUCCAUUGUUGCCCCUGCUGUUUGGUUAGGGCAAGGGGCCUAUGCUGCAACUACAGCUCCCACCUCAAACAAUGUGCCAAGUGUCGCGAUGAAUCCCCUGGAUUCAUCGCCGAUUUCUCUACCGCCGGGCGGUUACCAGCUUGCACGAGAUUCUAUCACUGGACACUUGUUGUUGAUACCAACUGCUAAUAUAGAAUUAAUGGAUAGACCUUCAGUGUGGCCAUCUUUUAAUUCAUCUACUGGUAAUCUGCCUAUUCAGCAGCUUGUAACACAGCAGCAGCACACACAGUUUGAGCAAGUUAUUCCACAGACGGAUUCACUGAAAACUUCUGAAGGAAUUGAAAACAGUUGCAGCAUAACUACAUGUGACCUUUCAAGUACACCAGUGAAAGGAGAAGAUAAGGUUGAGGAUGUCAGUGGGCAAGUGCCAAGUGUACCUCUGGCUCAUGGGCAGACGUACGCUUUCGCCACUUUCCCCACUCAGUGUGACCCGUCUAGCUUCUCUUAUGUUCUGCAGUCGUCGACAGUCAUGCAUCUCGCUCAUACGCAAACAACUGCAUCAAUACAAACGGAAUCUGGGAGGCGAUCUCAAGGAACAUCCCCUCUCCACUGUGCAACCCCCUCUCCUCCUCCAAAUACUUGUUCUAUUCAGGUAUCCGUCACGGAAGACGAAGAGGAAAGUGACAAUGAUGGUGAAGGCGUGGCCUGCUCCGAAAGUACAGAAGUCCAGUUAUCCUGCCAGAACCAAUCUGUUACCAUGGCAAUCCAAGUGGACAUGGAUUCACAGACCAAUUCAGAGGAGGAGGAAGAAGAAGAGAGAAAGUCAGUCCCUGAAAAGGUAGAAGAGCUUAAAAUUGAAAUGUCCGAUUCUGCGAACCAGACUGACUCUCUUCAUUCCGAGAGUCCGAAAUCGGAAGUAGAAACGGAAGAUAUUGGUGAAUGUCUUCUCAGUUUUUCUUCCAAUCAAAAUAAUGGACAAGUUGAAACUGUAAAACCUGUAAUGGAAGUGAUUCCUGAAAGCAAGAAAUCUCAAGUAACCGAGCAACCGCCUGCUGCUUCGGCUGAAAGCGUAAAAGAAGCUAAUGCUGAGUUAGAAAUCAUGACAUCAGAAACAGAAUUGGCUCCUUCUUUACCGGUGGAGAGCAAACCGGUGAUGGAUUUCAUCGAUCAUCAUGGUCUUAAUCUUUUGGUAGAUAGUAUUGAAGAAUUUGCUUCAAGGGAACAAGAAUCACAUGAUAAAGAGAACAUUGAUGUGAAAACCACCACAGAAAACUCGAAACAGACUUCAGAAGAGAAAAAGGAUGAUGCUUCAUCUCAGCAGUGUGAAACUGGUAAAGUACUGAGUGGCCGGGUUCCUGAAAAACCUUUCGUGCCAACGUACAAAACCAUUGACACUUCAUGCACUGACGGCUUGGGACUGCUUUGUGCUCUUGCGGAGCAGAGGUUUUUCGAAGAAGCUUUGAAUGAUGAUAAUAAAGCAAAGACAACAGCUGAUGAAAAACCAGAUUGCUAUAACUUUGAAGAAGAAAAUGAUUGUAGUCAAUCAGGCAGUUGUCCCACAAAUGAUCAAAUGGAGUUAUCGAGUUCCAAUUCCUCUUCACAACACUCAUCCAGGUCAUCAUCACCUGAUCAUAGAGAAGCAACAGAACUAGAAAUGCGAUUGCGUCUGGCCGAACUACAAAAGAAAUAUAGGCAAAAGCAGCGUGAAUUAGAGCUUCUCAGAAAGAGCAAGGAGAAAGAGAAUGAUGACGAUUCAUCUGCAGAAAAAAUAUCCAAAAGCAAAAAGUCUCUGCCUACCAACAGAAACCCAUCAACCACCUCUCAUUCAAAAUCAUCACAAAAUGGCCAUACUUUAUUUGUAAAAAAUUCAGUUUCCAAGCCAUCACAAAGAAAGCCAAGUAAAAUUUCUGAUGCUGUGAAAAAGAUGUGCAAUGGAUCAACAGUUUCACAAAAACCUGAAGUUUCAGAAGAUAAGGAUAGUUUCAAAGAAGGAAAAACUCAAGAAUACAACGGAGAUGAAUGCAAUAAAAAAGUACCAAGUAUAACAUUGGCUCAUGGACCUAAAGUCUCACCUCCUUGCAGUGAUUCAAAUGCAUCAUCAAGUUCUCUUGAUUCAUCCACUGAACCUUGCAAUAAAAAGGCAAAUAAAAAAUUCAAAAGUGGUAACAUUUCUGAAUCCGAAAGCUCCAAUAAAGAGGAUGGGAACUUUAAUUACGACAAAGCUUGGUUUGUGCGAAGAAGUGAAAGAAUAUUUUUAAGUGAUGCUCGAACUGUUGCAACGCCACAGCAAGCUGCCUCCAGCAAUACUCCGGACAAAAAUGCCAAAAAGGCUGCUAGUAAUGUGCCUCAAAAACCAACCUCAGAGCAACCACAGAAAGAAAAGAAAGAGGUAUCCAAACCAAAGACUCCAAAGUCUACUGAUGAAAGUGAUGGGAAAAAGGGGAAAAAUAAAGACAAUAGUAAAUCUAAAUUGGUUUUGCCUAAAAAAAGAUCAUACAGCGAAAGUUGUGAUUCCAGCUGUGAUGCUGGUUCAGGUUCUGACAGUGAGAACAGUGAUGGUGCUUCUAGUAUUAAUGAAAAUGUGCCUCUUAGUAAAUUUGUGGAACAUAAAAAUAAUACUAAAGCUUCUAUGUCUGAGAGGCACAAGAGACUGUCAACUGAUAGUGCAUGCAGCGACCUCAGUUCUGGACAGAGUGAAGACAUUCCAUUAAGUGUUUUGAUUGGACAAAGCUCUAAACCACCUGAAAUGAAAUCUUGUACCCUGAAACCCGAAGAUUUGCAAGAAACUGCUCGCCUUUUGGUGUUGGAUGAAGGUCUAUUUUAUGCUGGAAACAUAACCAAGAGUGAAAAUCCAGACAUGUAUGGAAUUCUUAUUGAUGGUGACAGAGCUGCAAGGCCCCACAUGUUUUCAAAAGAGGAAAUACUUAAUGCUGCUGUUCUGGAAGUGAAGCCUACUCAAAAACAACAAUUGCCUGAGGGAUCAAGAAUAUGUGCUUUCUGGAGUCAACAAUAUAGAUGUUUAUAUCCUGGCACCGUAGUCAAUAAAGUAUCUAGUCCUGAUCAAGAUCCUUCAAUGCUUUAUGUUGAGUUUGAUGAUGGAGAUUCUGGUAAAAUUCCAUUAAAUGAUAUCAGAAUGCUUCCGCCAGAUUUCCCCAUUGUCUCAAUGGAACCUAACCCUUUCAUGAUAUUGGGUAAACGAAGAGCACGAGCUCAAAGUCAAAACAGUACUUGUGCUACCGAUGUUAAGAAUACAGAUGCAACAAAUCAGAAGACAGAUAAAGAUAAAAAUGAAAAUAAAAAGCAUAAAUCACAUGACAAGUUGAAUAAAAAGAAUCCCGAUGAAAAGAACAGUAAAGAAGGUUCUUGCAAAAGCAAGUUGCCAAAUACUUCAAACCGCAGUUCUUCAAAAUCAUCGACCAGUGCAACAGAGGUCCGAAGCCAAAGCUCUGGUCCAAAAAAAGAUACUGGUGAAGACAAGAAAAAAUCUUCUGACAAGUCCCAGACUUUGUCAGUUAAAUCCAAAGACACUGAAAAUGCUUCUUCGGAAGCAUCUGGAUCAAAACCAAAGAAACAUAAAAAGCACAAAGAAGAUCACCAUAAACAUCAUCACCACCACCACCAUAAACACCAUCACCAUAAGAAGCAUAAGAUAGAGAAGGAGCGACGUCAUUCAUCAGAUGAUGCUGUGAUAUCUGCAAGUAGUUCAACAAUGAGCGAGGAUUCCUCGAACUGUCUUUCAUCAACGUCGUCAAAAGGGGCAGACCAGGACCAGAAUACAUUCAUUUUAGAAAAUUCCAAAUCAGAACUGACUGUUAAAAUUAAAAAAUCACCCUCCCCUCAUACAACCCCAGAAGACUCUGCUGCUCAGGUGGCAACAACUAAUGGCAAGGUGUCAAACAGUGGCUCAUCUGAAGACGAAACAAAUUCUUCGGAAAAUUCUAAGAAGAAGCCCAAAAGAUCGAAGCAGCAAACAACUCAAAAUAAACCUGCUAAGAGGAAAGACCGCUUGCCCUCUGUUGAAAAAAGUAAAAUUGCAGCAUUUUUACCGGUGCGUCAGCUGUGGAGAUGGUCGGGGAAAAGCUUCAGAAGACCCGGGGCUAAAGGAAAAGCUAAAAAAGAGUUUUAUAGGUCUAUUCAGCGCGGCAAAGAAACUAUACGGGUUGGCGAUUGUGCAGUCUUCUUGUCCACUGGACGACCUCAUUUACCUUACAUUGGCCGAAUUGAGACCAUGUGGGAAUCAUGGGGUGGAAAAAUGGAUGUGAAAGUCAAAUGGUUCUAUCAUCCUGAAGAAACAAAAAGUGGGAAAAAGCUAAGUCAACUGAAGGGAGCACUCUUCCAGUCUCCGCAUUUCGACGAAAACGACGUUCAAACCAUAUCUCAUAAGUGUGAAGUCCUAUCAUGGGAAGCGUACCAAGAAAAGAGGCAUCCGGAGAACAAAUACGGAUCUCUCUUCGACAAUAACGACACGUACUUUUUGGCGGGAACAUACGACCCGAUCAUGGGGACGCUCAUUUUAGAACCUGGGGUCCCAAGCUUGACCUCCAACACUAUUCCUGAAGUGUGAAGUCCGGUUAUCAAACUCACUAUUCUAUGUUCAUUUCUUCUAUCAAGCAGUAUUGAUAUUGUAUAGCAGAGCUGUUAUAGACUUUUCACAAUUUCUCGUUGUGGAUGUUUCAUUCAUUUUUAUCUUUAUGUUUUCGUUCGAAACCCAAUGUGAUUUUUUUCCGAUGCCUUUUAAUCAGACUGAGGACUAUGGGGGCUUCCCAGUGAUUUUUUUUCCACUCUCUUGCUUUGCUGUUCAUCAAUGAUUUCAUGCUGUAAGUACCUGAAUUGUAGGCAAUCUUUCUUUUUAGUCAUCAUGCAAUUCGCCAUGCUGGAGACUUUUAAUUGUGUGAUGUUAUAGCCGCAAAUGCACUUAGCACAAGUCUUUUCACUCUGGGUACAAAAUUAUAGUAGCAAUAGGCAGUUAGAAAUUUAUGCUACUUUGCUUUGACCCAAACUAUGCAAUAUUCUGGCAAAGUACCGGGGAGCCCCUUCUUUAAUGCGGAAACUACGAAGCCUGCAGUAAACCCUUGAUUUAAAAGUUGGAAAAGAUCCCUAGGGAAAUUGUGAUAGCAACUAUUUUUUCUUGUGGUACUUUUUGAUCAUGUUUUAGGAAUCGAUUUCAAAUUGAAAUUGUUUGCUGAUGCCUACUCGUCAUGCAGACGCGAAUUGUAAAUAGGUCGGACAGCGCGAAUGUUUUAUCAAGAUUCAGAAAAAUCAUUUUUUGACAUCAUGUGAGCACUUAUGAAUUUUUUUGAAAAUGAGUUGUUUUAAAUCAAUUUUAUCACAGUGGCGAAAAUCUAGUUCGUUUAAAUUUUGUAUACCCUGGUGAAUUUCAGGUAGGUUUUUAAUUUUUGGCAUGUUUUCUACAAUGUUAUAAAAACCCUGUAAGGGCUAACAGAAAAGCGUCA